CUAUCAUUGGUUGAUGCCAUAUAAAAAUAAUCAAACGUUUGAUUAGUGACAAUUAUUAAUUGUCAAUAAAAUGUUGGCUUCACGGCCGAAAUCAGUCAUUAGAAACAACGUUUUUUACUCGUUAACAAUAAUAAAUUAUUUGAUAAUCGACAGCUUUGUUUUUUUUUUUUAACUGAAGAAAAUUUAUCUAUAAUGUUAACAAAACAUUUUUUCCACACUUUGCGUGGAACCUUAGUUGCAUUAACAAUUUGCAUCACCCAGGUUGAGAAAAGCAAUCAAAUAACGACUAACCAGUGUGUCAAACGCAAUGAAAUAUGCUAUCCUCAUCAUCCUCGAGUAUGCUGUGAUAAUAAUUCAAUAUGUAAACCAAAGAAACAAGGGGAUGACUUCAUUUGCGCGAAAGAAGAUCAAUUAGGUUCAUCUUGUACAAUUGAUUCUGAUUGUGCCGGAGUUAAAUUUGCCGAAUGUUCGACAUCUAAAAUUUGUAUCUGCUCAUCAAAUACAAUGCGUGUGAAUUGGACAACCUGUGUACCAAUUUUGGAUAGACACUGCCAGACUAAUAACGACUGCAAAGUUGAUAAUUCUGAGUGUUUUUAUAACCAGUGUAAAUGCAAACUUAUGUUUAAAACUAUUCGUAAUACUGAAUGCAAGAGAGGUAAGUUUUCAUUUAUCUUAUCAAGAAUAGAAACAUAAAACCCGUAAGAAAAUGAU